AUGGCAGGAAAGAAAAACACCGGAGAGAACUCGAAGAAGGCGUCAGGCAACGCAAAGAAAGCCGAAGCAGCAGCCCAGAAAGCAGCUCAAGAGAACGCAAAGAAGGCAUCUGAAGAAGACCAAGAGUGGUCCAAAGGAGCAAAGAGUAACGCAAAGAAGGAAGCAGAAGCUGCGAAGAAGGCUGAAGCUGCACGAAAGAAGGCAGAGAAGGACGCUCUAUUAGCGGAAGAGGAGAAGGAGGCUCGGGCUGUACCCAAGAAUGCAAAGACCGCUGUUAAGAAAUCGAAAGGCCUCGACUUAUCACAACUCGAUGACGACGCACCAAAGAGCGCAGGAGCUCUUAAUGCAACUGGUAUCGAUAAUGCCCUUGAUGCUCUGUCUUUGACUGCGGGCUCUGCGGAUAAGAUUGAUAAGCAUCCCGAAAGACGAUUCAAGGCGGCAUAUACGGCAUUUGAGGAGAGGAGACUGAAGGAGAUGGAAGAGGAUGGUAGUGGACAAGGUUUGAGACAGAACCAGAAGAAGGACAAGAUCAGGAAAGAAUUUGAGAAGAGUGAGGACAAUCCGUUCAACCAGGUCUCGGCGGCAUAUGAUGCUUCUAAGGAGGAGAUCAGAGCGUUACGAGAGGCGGAGAAGAAAAAGAUCGAAGCCAGAUUAGCGGAGAAAUGA